AUGUAUGGAGAAGCGGCCAACAAGUUGGUCCAAAACGCCAAACGCACCCUCGCCCUCCCCCAUCUCCCACCCUACGCCUCGGAGCUCACACGCUCCAUAGUGCGCGAAGUGCGCGACCUCGACAAAGACGUUUCAUCCAUCCUCGCCCCCUACAGCGGGUCUUUCAACCCCAGCGCAUCCCCCGAAACCGCCUGCGCCCUCCUCGUAAACCAUCUCUGCAUGCGCCGGAACAAGCGGUGUCUACUCGCCUACCACCGCGUGCGGAGCGACAAGCUGGAAGAAUACUGCUGGGAGGGCGUCGACGUGCUGGAACAACAGGGCAGCAAGGACCAUAGCGGAGAAGGGGGGAGGGGCAGUGGAAUGGGUGCUGGAGGCGGGAAAGAAGAGAGUAGUUUGAGCCCUGAAGAGGAGGAGUAUGUGAGGCAAUACAGUGAUCUGCUUGCUGCGUAUAAGGGGCAAUGGACGGAUAUCGAUCUAACGGGGAGUCUGGAGCCGCCGCGCGAUCUCUUCAUCGACGUGCGCGUCUUGAAGGACGCGGGCGAGAUCCAAACAGAGUACGGCUCCAUAACCCUUACUAAGAACUCCCAAUUCUACGUCCGGCAAGGCGACGUCGAACGCCUAAUUGCGCAAGGAUACCUCCAACGACUCAGCUAA